UUGUUUUUAGAGCGAAGUUCUUCUCAUCAUCUGCCAUUUUCUCGUCUCUAGCGCGACACAUUUUGGUUAUUUUCUCCUGUGCACAUUCCUCGGCGGUAUGUCUGCCCGAGGCGGGAAGAAGCGGGUGAAGGCAGUGUCUCGAUCAGCGCGGGCGGGAGUUAUUUUCCCGGUCGGCCGGAUCUACCGGUACCUUCGGCGAGACACCCACCACCUGAGGAUCGGUAUGGGCGCUCCGGUGUACCUGGCCGCCGUCAUCGAAUACCUGAGCGCUGAGAUUCUGGAGCUGGCUGGAAAUGCUGCGAGAGACAACAAGAAGGGACGGAUCACCCCUCGUCACAUCCUGCUGGCCGUGGCAAACGAUGAAGAACUGCACCAGCUCUUGAAGCAUGUGACUAUUGCAUCUGGUGGAGUGCUACCGAAGAUUCAUCCCGAGCUUCUCACCAAGAAGCGAGGCCAGAAGCGCAUCUUCGACGCGCUGCAGCCACCAAUCCCGCCUCCUCCUGCCAAGAAAACAAAGACUACGCCUCCUGCCAAGAAGUCACCGGGCAAGAAGAAGGCAGCUGCUGCAACGCCCUCUACUGGGGGCAAGGGGAAAGGCAAAGGGAAGGGGAAAGGGAAAGGAAAGAGCACAGAGACAACGAUAAGCACAGCUGACAGCACAGAAGACGCGGGGUCUGGAGGCGAGGAAACCACAGCAGCAUCAGCAGACAGCACCAGUCCUGCCAUGGCCACUGGCAUCACCAUACUGUCAGAGAAAAAACUCUUCCUUGGACAGAAGCUAACAGUGAUCCAAGGUAACAUUGUAAACCUGCCAGCUGAUGCUGUUAUACACCCCACCAAUGAUUCCUUCUACCUGGGAGGAGAAGUCGGAUCAGCACUACAAAAGGCAGGAGGGAAGGAGUUUGAGGGGGAGGUGAAGAAGCUGCUUGAAGCCAAUGGUUCACUAGACACCACAGGAGCUGCCAUCUGUCCUGGACACAACUUCCCUGCCAAGUAUGUGAUCCACUGUAACGGGCCCUCCUGGAACACAGACAAGUGUCAGGACAACAUGGAGAAGACGGUCAAGAACUGUCUGGCCCUGGCUGACGAGAAGGACCUAACUUCUGUAGCAUUCCCAUCCAUUGGAAGUGGUCGUGCUGGCUGGCCCAAGCAGACAGCUGCCCAGCUGAUACUGAAAGCCAUCAGUAACUACUUCUCCUCACAGAUGACAUCCUCCAUCAAACAAGUCUACUUCGUCCUAUUCGACAUGGAGAGCAUCGGAGUCUACACUAGUGAACUUGCUAAACUGGACAUCAACUAGGUCUUAGAUGACUGUAAUAUGCUUUCUUAUUUAGUAGUGAAUGACUUCAAGUCGAUAUUUUACUCUUUUGGUUACGAUGGAUAAUUUUCGAAUACUCAUUCCCUUUUCUGGUCAAAUCCUUGAAAAUUCUGAAGUUUGUGUCCCAUUUUGAGGCUUUGAUCUGUACCUUGUUACAUGCAAGAACUUACCUUCACCAUCACAAGGAUAUUUUCUACUCCCCCAUGAGUAAAAUGGAAUGGCCCAGACUUGUGUACAUACUAGCGAAAUCAGAGGGAGAUAAAAGUUUAUAUAUCAUUUUGCACUUCUUAAAGAAGUAGUAGCUAUAGAACACUGUAAACUUUCCAGAAACUUUUCUUUUUUUCUAGAAAAGUCUUUCUUUCAAGACAUGUUGUAAAGGUUACUUUAUUUAAGUGCAUCUUUAACUUUCUUGAAGUAAAAAAAAAGCGUUUUCAUCCUUGUAGUUUUAACUCUGGAAGGGAAAGUACUGCCUUAAUUUUCCCCCUUUUUCAAUGUGAUAAGAAGAUAAGUUUGAUAUGCCUGUAAUAAGGCAUUGUAAUUCUAAACGGAAUACAUAGUGAACCUGUGUCUUAUGCAGUGUUUGGAAAGAAUUGCUACAUGAAAUUGUAGGGUGACAUAAGAAUCAUAAGUCAUAAUCAGUUAAUGAUAUGUACUUAAAGCUUUGCAUGAACUCUUACUAUGAGUAUAAUCUCAUUUCUUGAUUUGAUAUUUGAUUCAGAGUUUGCAGUACUUUGCACCAAUUUUAGACAGGUUUUUCGUGGUCAAGCUGGUACUUAUUUAUGAACAAACCGUACAUUACAUUAGUAAUGUCCGUGAGUCUAGAAUCUUAUUUUCGUUUUUACAUAACGAAUAUAGAUAUAUCAAAUGUACUGAUGCUGUAAGGCACGUUGGCAGCAAAAAUCAUAUACUGCAUGAAAAUAUACAUUUGUUAACGUUACCUCGAUGUCUUUGAUUAUAAGCCCACUGCUCUUUAUUAGUAUGAUUUACAGCUUAUAAUUGUCAACACAUAGAGACUGUAUAAUUUGACAGCAAAAGUGCAUUAGCAUAUGCAUCAUUGAUGUACAGCUUAAAGUUUGUGGAUGUUUGAGUCUAUGCUGAAUAAAUGGCAAGAGUGGCUUAUAAUACAUGCCAUUAUGCUAUAGCUAUAAACAUAAUGAUUGCUUCUGACAAUUUUAAAGGAUAUUUUCUCCAGGUGUGAUAAUUUUAGAUGUGCGAUUCCUAUAUGACAUGCUGUUUGCAAUUAAUGUUAUCAAAUGUGCCAUGAAAUGUCACAAUUAUAUUGUCCUAUAUAUGU